AUGAGGGCGGCGGGCCGGCAGGUGUCCGCGGCGGCGGCCGGGGAGCCCAGCAGCGACGUCCGCGGCGAGCAGCCCCGUGAGCACGGCCGUCCCCGGCCUCCGGCCACCCCUGCCCCUGCCCGUGCCCACCCCGCCGUGUCCCCUCGGGAGCCCAGCCGCUCCCCGCGGCUCCUCAUUGAUGUCCCCCAGCACCGCCGCAGGUGCUGGCCCUGGUGCCAUGGGGUGUCCGCAUCCCUCUUCAGCUCCUUGGAAACUUCCUGCAGCGAGGACGUCUUUUGGAUGCCUCUCCAUCUAUGGCGCUGCCUUGGGAUGUCUGUCACGGGGAGGCACAGUGGCUGUCUCCCGAGUGGCCCUAGGGUGGCUUUGGCUACCAGCGCUGUACCUGCCAGGCUGCUGUCCUGGCAGAAAUGUGUGUAUGUUGAGCCACCUAGGAGAGUUAAAGAAAUACUGGAGGAGCACUUUCAUUUUCAGGAAGAAGAAUGCAAUGUUAAACAUCCAGCUGCAGUGGCUCUGGAAGGAGUUUGGAAUGUGAAGAACAAUUUCUCCAUUAGAAGCCUGAAACCAGAGUCACAGAGCAACAACGAUUUACUUUUACAGCCUCAAUUCUACUCAAGACAUGCAAGAACGAAAAAUUUCUACUGUAGCAAAGUGUGA